AAAGAUCUCAAAUUCAAGUACACAUAGUGAUUAAGAAGAGGAAGAAGAAAAAUGCUGAGGUCAUUCACAAGAAACUUCAAACUCAUUGUACCAAAUGGUUUGAUCUCCAAGCCAAUUAUCUCUACUCUCCUCUAUUCAACUUCUUCUUCAAGAAAGUUAGAAGGAAAAGUUGCGGUCAUAACAGGCGGUGCAAGCGGCCUAGGGAAGGCCACGGCGGAGGAAUUUGUAAGCCAAGGUGCUCAAGUCAUUAUUGCAGAUAUAGACGAGGAGGCUGGUCGUAUGGUGACGACCGAACUUGGCUCAGCCGCACAUUUCAUAAGAUGUGAUGUCACUGUGGAGGAACAAGUCGCUAAGGCCGUGGAAACUGUCGUGGCUCGCCAUGGGAAGCUCGACGUGAUGCUCAAUAGCGCCGGAAUAUCAUGCUCUAUAUCACCACCAAGCAUAGCGGACCUAGACAUGGACACUUACGACAAAGUGAUGCGUCUAAACGUGCGAGGCACCGUCUUAGGGAUAAAGCACGCGGCUCGAGCCAUGACACCCGCUGGCUCCGGCUCCAUACUUUGCCUCUCUAGCAUCAGCGGCUUGAUGGGCGGUUUAGGCCCACACGCAUACUCAAUAUCUAAAUUCACAAUCCCGGGUGUGGUCAAAACGGUCGCUGGCGAGUUAUGCAAGCAUGGCUUAAGGAUCAACUGUAUAUCACCUGCGGCCAUUCCAACGCCUCUAACGCUGAGAAUGUUUCGAGAGGUGUUUACGGCUCAUAGCGUUCCGGAGGAACAGCUUUUGGCGAUAGUGAACGCGGCAGGAGAGUUAAAAGGAGAGAAAUGUGAGGAGCGUGAUGUGGCUAAAGCAGCUUUGUAUUUGGCAUCGGAUGAUGCUAAGUUUGUGACGGGGCAUAACCUUGUUGUUGAUGGUGGAUUUACUUGUUUCAAGUCUCUUAAUCUCCCUUUUCCUUAAUAUUUAAGGUAAUUAAAGUGUUUUAUUUGUACUCACAAUAUUGUUAAUUAAG